AUGGGUUGGUCGCUAUGCCACCUCAAGACUCGGUUUGACUACAAAUUUAAGAAGAAGCGCCGACAAGAGGAGAAAGGGGCAAUAGACCGACAAGUCCCGCCCAAGAGUUCGCCCGACCUGAACAAAAGUCGCGUCUGCCAGUGGAGCAAAUCCAAGAGUCCGUUCUUUUUGUUGAGUCCAGAUGUUCGCGAGCAGAUUCUCCGGGAAGCUUUCGGCGAUCAGACAGUCCACAUGGAUCUUACUUUCCGCCAUCCUUUUAAGGUGCUGACAUCUAACAAAAGGGACUUGAAGAAUAAGCGGCAACGACAUCAUCAUCAUAUGCAUGCAAAUAUCUCUAUAAAUCUGGAAGGUCCGGGAUCAAUAUUCGAUGUCCGCGAUAGACGGAGGCCGGAAAGAUGGAGGUGGUAUAGUUGCGUUUGCCACAGACACCACCCUGAUCAUCAACUCUCCCACGGAAGAAGAGGAAGCGCUCUUGCUCCAACAAUGAGAGAGCCCCAGCUGGACAAAUGUUUUCAAGCCACAGGGUUUUGUGCCGAACAUCCAGGGAAAUGGCCAGACAAAUGUUUUAUUGGCGUCAUGGGUUGGCUAUUAACUUGUCGACAAGCAUACUGGGAAGGUAUGCAGGUUUUGUAUCGCACCAACACAAUCCACAUCGCGUCUUCAGCUCUAAUCCAAGACAUACACAACUUCCUAACAUUGAAUGUUCUUUCAAUGAUGACAUCGGUUGAGCUCGUUUGGAGACUGGAAGAAUUUACAGUUGAGGAAGCGUUUUCCAGACACAUUGCCACCGUGCCUUGCUACGUCUCCAGUAUAGAGUAUCCAUCCGUGACAUUUCCUGCUCUACGAUAUCUUCGAAUAGCAUUCAAACCGUCAUUCGGGUUGAGGCAUAACUUUCAUCCCCAGCAGAGACAGAAGGAAAGCGAAACAAUCUAUGAAUACUUUCUUCCGAAGCUGGAUUCUUUGUUAACCCGAAUCGCCCCGUCGACUGCAGAAAUUAUAGUAUCCUGGCAGGAAUGGGGCAUCUACAGUUUAUUUGACCUCAAGCUGUUUGAGGUCCAGGGAAAAGACAAGACCUUAAUGAUUCAGCCAGGUAUUGGAGGAAUAGCUUGUUGGAGGGAGUUACCUUCCCCGGUACUAAAUUCUGCCCCGGGAAGUGUUGACCGUGAGCAUCAGUCACAACAGUUGAUGGAUAUGAUUGGAAGAGACAUGAACUGUAUGGUUUGGGACCUAAAAAAA